GGGAAAGGACUGUUUGUGCCUGUGUUUCUACUUGCCUUCAUUCCUCCAUAGGAACCAACUUCAUUGUGUAUGAGAGUUGUGAAAAGAAACUUCUUGCUUUUCCUGCCGUGAUUUCAACUUUUAUUUCAUUGUCCAUGUUUGGGCCGAACCUAAGAUGACCGAUCAACUUGUCUGACUUGAAGGACAUCAAAACGUGAUGGAGAAGUUCUCUUUUUAUUAGGUGGAAAAGAUGGACUUCAACGCCUUGAAGGCGAAGUUCCAAGAGGAACCACUCCCGCUGAUUCAGCCCAGGAUGAAACCUGUCCUUCCAGAUAAACCUAGGGUGGUCCCGCCUCCCAACAGCCCCACACGCUAUCUGCCAGCAGGGGCGCGCCCAUCCUUGCUCACUACCAUUAACCAGACUCUGGACGGUAGGGCCAUGGCCCCUAGAGUGGUCUUCAAGGAUGACAAGAAGGAGAGCAAGAAGCCACUCAUUAAGACAACCUCCAUGGAGAAGCGCGAAGGGAAGAUAAAGGUUGGAAAAAACAAACUGAGCAAAGGAAGCAAGGAACCGCUGGAUGAAAACUCCCUCUAUCAAAAGCUAAAGAAAGAAGAAAAGGCCCCGUCAGUGACCACUGAGGAUCUGGUGCCAGUCCCAGCUGUCCCUAAAUCUCAAAAUACUAAAAAGAAAGGAUUUUUGGGUUUGAAAUGGUCUGGAAAAAGUCAGCCGGACGAGGUUGCGGCCGAUCCCAUUUUGGACAGUCCCACCUUGGAGGAACUCGCCCUUAAUCCACUCAUCCCAAUUCCUCCAGAAUUUGACGACGUGAAACCAGAGUCGGAAAUUCUUCCACUAAACAGUUUAUCUUCACCUUAUUCUGAUGUGGGAAUGCCAAUUUCUCGAGAUUUAACCACUUCCCCCUCCUUAAUUCCUGAUAUUCCAGCUCCUCACCUGCCGUCACCACAGAGUGAAACUCCCCCAGAGACAGAGACUCCCACCCCUCCCAUUUCCAUACUUGAUCGUCAAGGUAAAAUCAGCCUUGUGCAAACCCCACAGGACAUCUACCAGAACAUCUCCAUCCCUUCACCUGAAAAGUCCCCCCACACGCGCCACAAUGGCUCUCCGGGAGGCAUUAAUAUAGCAGCGAUGCUUCAACCUCGGAACCUUGUAGAAAACCCCCCAUCUGUGUCUUCGUCCAUCUCAGGUGAGAGUUCCGUUUCAGCUCUCUCAUUCUUGGAGAGGGCGGAAGACAUGAGCCAAGUGAAAAGGACAACCUCUGCAGACCAAAGGAUCCUCAAUGCGCUGAAAAACGCUCGCAGGAAGCCGAGCCUCAGCUCCCAGACAAAAAUUUCGGUAUCCAAUACGCCGCCUCCAGAGGAACUACCUGAAAGCCCCAAUGUUUCGCUCACAGACAUCCUACCUGUCAACUACAACUCUGGGAUUGAACGGCUUAACAGUAUAGAUGGAGGGCAGCCACAGUCGGUGUUGGAGAGUCCUAUUGUGGAAGGUGGUAAGGACAUUCCGGAGUUGCUGGAUGUUCCAUCUACUCAGCCCAGGAACGUUCUUCCAGACCGAGCCGCUUUGGGGGUUCCUCCGGAGAAGCCCGCCAAACCUACUGUCGUCAAAAUCCCCAAUUUCAACCCUCCAUCUCAUCCUAUGCAACAUAAUGAAAUACCGGUGCCUUCCAAAUUACCGGAGAAGCAAUCCACCAACGAGCCAAAAUUUGGUGGUGUUGCACCCUCUCAUGGUUUGGCAGUUUCCCAAUUGGGUAACAGGGAGUACACCUUUCAUGAUAUUCCUGAUGGAAACAGCCAUAAACCUUCGUACAGCAACGGUAUCGCUCUAACCAGCCCCAAAGGGGUGCCGGUGUUUGGACAACAACCGUAUCAGGCAAACGUCCACGUUCCUACCUCGGAGGAAGGUCAAGCAAUCGCUGGGCAUCAAGUGCACAACAGUGUCAGUACAGGAGGCAACCAUGAGGAUGUGUACUGGUCGGCUAAGAAGAAGCAAAAGACUGAAAUGGGGAAGAAAAAGAAAGGACCUCCAAAGAAUCCAUAUGCCGAACCACCCCAGGAUAUUAAUGAAGACAAUGACAAGACAAGUUUGUUUGGAAAAGGUGACAAGAAGUCCGUAGCGGUGGUGGCAGAGGGGCAAGACAAUAAGGAGCUGAAAAGGCGAGAGAAGCAGCGGCUGGAAAAAGAAAAGAAGGAAUUGAAGGAAAAGCAGGAGCGGGAGAAGAAGGAACAGAAGGAGCGCGACAAGCGGAAGAAUGAGAUGAAGAAAAAAUUCAAGAUCACCGGUAAAGAGGAGCCCAUGUACCAAGCGACCGUCACAGUGACAGCCAAAGGCAGCAAGAGCGACCUGCCUGUCCAUCAAGGCGACAACAUCAGCAUCAUUCGCACCGCCAACUGCCCAAAAGGAAAAUGGCUAGCCAGGGAUCUAGCCAACAACUACGGGUAUGUGGCAGUGGAGCAUGUGGAGCUGGACAUCAAGGAAAUGCUAGAACUGAAAAAUAAAGUGACCGGCAGUCAUGUGAGCAGCCCACCGGGGGGGGCCAUCACUAUCCCAGGAAGUGGGAAUUCAAAACACUUCCAACAAUCUACAGCGAGCUUCUCGGACGACAGCGAGGAAUGGACCGCCGAUGAAGAUGAUGCGUUCUCCUCCCCGACGGACACCAUCUACCCGCACCCACUAAGCCAAAACCAUGCGUUGUCCAUGUCAAACAGAGAAAACACAGAUCUCCACGUUACGCAACAACACAGUCACGGUGAUAUCAAUGCAGGUGGCUCUGACGCCCAAGGCAAGAAUGAAGCACUUCAAAAGUUGGCGACUUUUUUCCAAUCACCUAAAGCUGUGCAACCAACUACCAGCCGCACCGCACCAGAAACAAUGGAUGUGCCUGACAACGAGCAUGCGGUUCACCAGCCCGAAGCAAUGGAUUUCAACAAUCCUGAUUUGCUCAUUUUGCCUCCCCCUGAGCUGUAUGCUGACUUUAGCGGGUAAAAGACGAACAGAGACCUCUCGACACCUUCACCUUUUGGACCUUUUGGUUGUUGUUUUUGAAAUCACAAUAGAGCAGACCUUCUUCCAGACGGUGGGUCAUCAGAGCAAUGAACUGCUGAUUUCAAUGGGAUAAAACACAACCACGAUGGGAUCAAGUUCCCUUCCAAGGUCCCUCUCGAGACUUUACCAGUUUGCAGUGUUUUAGCCUAUUAAGAAUAAAGUUAUAAUCCUCUUAACUAGCCAAUUUCCUCUGCUGUUAUAUUCAUCUUUCAACUGUAGUCCAUAUUUCAUUUUUAAACAUUGGUUAGCCUCACUUGUUAGCUAGCAUGGAUGGAUAAAGGGUCAAAUAAUUAGGUACACCCUGAGUCUGAAUACGUAUCACGAUUUAUGAUUUUCAAUUUUUUUUAAGUGCCAAUGACGGCACUAGAUGUCCAAUCCAUUCAGACUGGGUGGGGGCGAAUGAAUGAAUCUUCAUUGAAACAUGAGCAUUCACAGCCAUCCUUCCUGGUUUUAUACAAUUGGACAUCUAUAGCCAUAUAUAGUGUGCAUUGAGUUAAUUACUAUUAAAAAUAAUAUUCACUUUUAGAGUCCUGCUAAAGCUGUAACCAGUGUGUUUUUCUGGUUUUAUUCAUUUUAAUUAAGUUAGCUUUUAUUAACAUUGUAUUAUUCCUUUCAGACAUAUAGGUCACUACAAUGGCCAGAUAGGUUAUCAUGCCUAAAAACACUUGAAGCAAGAAUCCUGAUUUAGGCUAUGAUAAUUCGUGCAUGAAAGGGUUAAUGUAUAUAUAUUUUUAAAACAUAUUAAAAUAUUGUUCAAAAUAAUGAUUAAAUAUUUUAAAACAAAAAAAUAUGUAUAAUUGAUGUUUUUUUUUAUUUCCAAUUUUGUGAUAAAUUGUUCUUGUCAUUUUAACUGUCAGUGUCAAUAUGAAGUUAAAAGUUGCCAACAAUGUCACUGAUUUACAAAAAAAAGUAUGUUUCGGCAAAAAGUUAAUCUGAUUUCUAUUUAAAACGGGUGAUUUGGUUGAAACGCAACAUAUGUUCUACCAUCUACCAAAAAAAAUAAAUAAAUAAAUCUGUUAUAUGGGAUCAGAAAAUCAAUGUAAGUCAUGAAACAAAAUAUUGUAGAGGCCUUGAAACAUCAGUCAAAAUGCUCUAAAUCAGCUGGCACUCUCAGGUUUGUCUUUCAAUGCUACAAUUUUUGCUUUUGCAGCAGUACCUUGAGAAAUCAAGUUUGAAUAUAAGUUUGAUCCUUUCCGCCAUCUAGCUCGUAUCACAAGUCAUCGUUCCCUCUUGUUAUCAUUUGAAACUCCAUUCAUCCCUUUUUGCAUUAUGAAUUAUAUUGUCUGUUUGCAUUUGUUACUUCACCAAGACUGGAGUGAAUACAUUUUUGAGCAAAGAACAUUUAGUGUUUGAUCACUAGGUUAGCUAAUGUUCAGGUCAUUAUGACUAUGUCACUAUUUUUUAAAAAAAAACAAAAAAACAACACUUCUGUCAACUCAUUGACCAUUGAUGGCAACUGACAUCCAACCCAUUUUACUGGGAGGAUAGGCAGCAUCAAAAAGACUAAAAUGGAGCCCCACAAAACACGAAAUUUCUUCCCUCUAUCAAAGUGUAUCAAAAUAUAACCAUCAACACAUCUUGCUUUUGUACUUUUAAUAUAAUUUUUUUCUUUUUCAAUAAAUACUCAUUAAAGUGCAAAAAAACAUAACAGCAACUCCAUGCAAUGCAACAUUAACAAGAUCAAUCGGACAGAAACAGUGAACUCAUUCGCAUAAUUAACAUUCACAAAAACACACAUAUAGGAAUAUGGUAACACAAAAAGAGGACAACAACACUCACUUUGGUACAAUAUGUCAACUUUGCUUGAUAUUUCAGGCCUUUGAGCAUGUUUGUGUGUGUGCGCUCCAGUAGUGGACACAUUUUUAUCGUUUACAUGACUAGCAUGCCACUUUUUUGAAAUACAGUACAGUUUCAAAGGUCAAAUGCUAGUUGUGGUGCCUUCCAGCUCAGGUGUACUUUAAGGAAAUGUGCGACUUAUGAUUCAAAGCCCAAAAACCAGAAAAUAAAUGGUAGAAUAAACAACAGGAUAACUAAAAAUUUAUGAAAAAGUUUUAAUUUUAAGGGGAAAUUUAUAAGUAACUCCAAAAAUGUCGUUUGAGCUGUGAGAUUUUUAUUUUUUUUUUUAAUAUUGAUUAAAGAGAAAAUGAAGAGGGAAAUAUUUUUAACUUUACUAGAAUAAAAGAAAAAGUCAUUAAGGACUUUUAAAAUACAGUUGUGCCUUGACAUGCAAUUUUAAUGUUUCAUGGCUCUAUGUUUGAAAGCCUGAAAUUAUCUUUCUCCAAUAAAAUGGAUAGAAGUGGCAUGAAUUAUUCAAGUGUUCUAAAGGACAUCUGUUUUUGUUUUCGAAGUGAGAGAAAAGAAUUAUUUUCUGAUAAUAAACAGGAAAAAAGCAUGUCUGUGACUUUAAGAAUGGUAGAAAUCUGGGAAUUGACCAUUAUUUUAUAUCCUUUUACAACUUGUCCUGAAAUAUUUAUUUCAUUGUUCAGAUUACCUUAUUUUAAAUAAUAAAAAAAAAAAACUGAUGUAAAAGAAGAGAUUUUUUUUGUUUGUUUGACUCUCGACUUUUUUUCCCUCAGAGUAUCAGUGUGAAAAAUAUACCCAAAUUAAAAAAAGCUCAAGCCAGGUUCAUGCUAACAUAUUAGCAUAUGUAAAGUAUAUUUUGACUGACUGCAUAAAAUACAUUUUUUAUACAACUUUUGGUAAGUUUUCUUUUUGCCUUGUCACUUUUUAUGUAUCCUUGUGUUUUUUUUAUCUCUUUGUAUAAAGUCUGAUAUUCAGAAGUAUAAAACUAUUAAUAAACAACGAGAAGAAAGAUAUU